UCACAAUGCUGUGGAGCUGGUGAAUGGGUGGGGGGCAUUUAAGAGAGCAGUAGGUGGGAGUGGAGUCUGACCGCAGAAGGACUACUGUUUAAGAGAAAAGGGAAUUCUCUCUUUCACUCACUCUCUCCCUCUCCCCUCUCACUGCUGCUCUCCGUCUCUCUAUCUCCCUCUCUCACCCCUCCCCCCCUCUCUCUCUCUCCUCACUGGCUGCACAACAUCAGCUCUCUAGGUAGACUCGAGUAAACACUCUAAGAGAACAGAGAGGAGAGGGAAGAUGACAGAGCUGUCAGCACUCUGAAAGAUACAGGCUGGUGAGAACAUUUGUCAGGGCUGGCUGAUAAGGCUCUUUUCAGCGCUGCGUCUGCUUCAAUUUUCUAAUCAGUGGAGAGGCUGUGAGCAUUGUGUGUGAGAGACCACCUAUUUGAUACCUGAUUCUAUUCUGCACCCAGCUCCUACUCCCACAGAAGCCGCAGUGCCAGGGUGGUAUCAUGGGGAUGAAAGGCUUCUUCUUAGGCUGCAUGACCAUGGCCCUGCUCUUUGAGCUCUCCACCACUGGCCUGGUCAAGAAGGUAAUCCGCCACCGUAGAGACACACUGAUGCCCAAGAAAACCCAGGAGAACCUCACCAUGCCCCACCCUGACCAGCCAGUAGUGUUCAACCACGUCUACAACAUCAACGUCCCCUCCUCUUCUCUCUGCUCCGUGGACCUCGACUCGCCUGGUGGCACUGAGCCCAAGCACAAAAAUGUCCCAAUGGACAUGCAGAACACCGAGCACAUAGAGCACACGGAGGAUGGCGACAACCAGAUUGUCUUCACACACCGCAUCAGUAUCCCCAAGCAGGCAUGUGGCUGCGACAACCAGCUGCCAGACAUCAAAGAUAUCCUGAACAGGCUGGAGAUGCUGGAGUCUGAGCUGUCAAGUCUGAGAGAGCAGUGUAGCAGUGGGGCAGGCUGCUGUGGAUCUCAGGUUACAGGUGAAGUAUCUACAAAGCCCUACUGUAACGGACAUGGGAACUGGAGUGCUGACACCUGCAGCUGCAUAUGUGAGCCUGGUUGGAAGGGCCCCAACUGCACUGAACCUGAGUGCCCCAACGACUGCCAGGACCAAGGCCGGUGUGUGGAUGGCAAAUGUGAAUGCUUUGAAGGCUUUGGUGGGGACGACUGUGGUAUUGAGCUCUGCCUGCUGGACUGUGGUGACUAUGGCCACUGUGUUGAAGGCUCCUGCCUCUGUGAGGAGGGCUUCAUCGGUGAGGACUGCGCCCAGACCAACUGCCUCAACAACUGCCUGGGCCGCGGACGCUGUGUGGACGAUGAGUGUGUUUGCGAUGAGCCAUGGACGGGUUUCGACUGCUCUGAGCUCAUCUGUCCAAACGACUGCUAUGACCGUGGACGCUGCAUCAAUGGCACCUGCUACUGUGACGAGGGCUUCACUGGAGAAGACUGUGGCGAGCUCACUUGUCCUGGCAACUGUAACAACCGUGGCAUGUGCGUAAAUGGUCAGUGUGUGUGCCAGAUUGGCUACAGUGGAGAGGAUUGCUCAAAGCUUACCUGUCCCAAAAACUGCAAUGAGAGAGGUCAUUGCUUCAAUGGGAAGUGCAUCUGUGAUCCUGGAUUUGAAGGUGAAGAUUGCUCCAUCCUCUCAUGCCCUGACAACUGCAGUAACAGGGGCCAGUGCAUUAAUGGACAGUGUGUAUGCGACGUAGGAUACCAAGGCGAAGACUGCAGUGAGCUCUCCUGUCUUAACAAUUGCCAAGACCGUGGCCACUGCGUUAACGGACAGUGCGUAUGUGACAAAGGCUUUGCUGGGGAGGACUGCAGCAUCAAGACCUGUCCAAAAGAUUGUAUGGGACGUGGUGAGUGUGUGGAUGGCAAGUGCGUGUGCUUCGUUGGCUUCAAGGGGAAAGACUGCGGCGAGCUGACUUGCCCCAAUGACUGCCUGGACCGUGGUCACUGUGUGAAUGGGCAAUGUGUCUGUCAUAAGGGUUUUGCCGGUGAGGACUGCAGUGAGAAGACAUGUCCCAAAAACUGUCUUGACCGAGGUUACUGCGUCGAUGGCGAAUGUGUAUGUUAUGAAGGUUUUACUGGGCCAGACUGCUCAAUACUGACCUGUCCAGAGGACUGCCUGAACCAGGGACGCUGCGAGAACGGAGUGUGUGUAUGUGACGAGGGAUUCAUUGGAGAGGAUUGCUCUCAGGUCUCACCACCCAAGGACCUAACAGUGGUGGAGGUCACCCCAGAGACAGUGGACCUUUCCUGGGAAAAUGAGAUGCGUGUUACUGAGUACCUGAUCACAUAUGUGCCGACUGCCCCUGGAGGUCUUGAGCUAGACAUGCAGGUGCCCGGGGACCAGAAGAUGGCCACUAUUCGGGAGCUUGAACCUGGUGUGGAGUAUCUGAUCAGCGUCUAUGCUGUGCUUAACAACAAGAAGAGUGUUCCUGUCAGCGCUAGGGUGGCUACACAUCUGCCUGAGCCUGAGGGACUCAAGUUCAAGUCAGUGCGGGAGACAUCAGUGGAGGUACAGUGGGACCCGUUGAACAUUCCCUUUGAUGGAUGGAAUCUCAUCUUCAGAAACACAAAAGAGGAGGAUGGCGAGAUUCUUAACUCCCUUGGCCGUCCAGAGACCACCUUUGAGCAGUCGGGUCUGGGCCCUGGCCAGGAGUACGAGGUCAAACUGGAGGUGGUGAAGAACAACAAGCGCGGACCGCCUGCCUCCACGAAUGUCAUUACAAUGAUUGAUGCCCCCAGCCAGGUGGAUGUACGUGACGUGACGGACACCACAGCUCUGGUGAACUGGUUCCAGCCCGUGGCUGAGGUGGACGGGGUCACAGUCUCCUACGGCCCCAGCUCUAAUCCUGCUGAUCGCAACGUGGUGGAGCUGUCCUCCACUGACACGCAGUACCACCUGGGAGGCCUCACCCCCGACACCCAGUAUGAGGUGUUUUUGACAGCUCGGAAGGGAGAACGGACAAGCAUUCCUGUCUAUGAGCCUUUCCACACAGAUCUGGAUGCCCCCAGAGACCUGCAGACAGUGGAGCUGACGGAUGAGAGCAUCACUCUUGAGUGGAAGAACAGCCAAGCUCAGGUGGAGAACUACCGCAUUAAGUAUGGACCUCUGUCUGGAGGCGAACACGGAGAGCUGCUCUUCCCUCCGGGACCCAAGGACAGCACCCAGGCCAAGAUCACUGGCCUGAGACCUGGCACAGAGUACGGGAUGGGUGUGACAGCAGUGAAAAAUGAGCGGGAAAGUCUGCCGACGACCACCAACGCAGUGACUGCCCUGGAUGGUCCGAAGGACCUGACUGUUGCAGAGGUGACAGAGACCACCAUGAUGCUGGAGUGGAAACGCCCUGUGGCCAAACUGGACUCCUUCAGGCUGGUUUAUGUAUCUGCUGAUGGUCACAAGGCUGAGGAAGUGGUCCCAGGUAGCACCGAGUCUCACACCCUGAGGGGCCUUACACCAGGCAUGCUUUACACCAUCAGCAUCACCGCCGAGAGGGGCCGCAGGACCAGUGCACCCACCACCAUCUCAGCACCCACAGAGGAGGAGAAGCCUGUAGUGACCAACGUCACCAUCAGCGACGUAUCGUGGGACAGCUUCCUCUUGUCCUGGUCUGCUGACGAAGGGGCCUUCCAGGCCUUUUUGAUCGAGGUUACCGACGCGGAGACGGGCGCUGAGUGGCAAAACCACACGGUGCCCGCCGAUGCUCGUAGCCUCGCCGUCUCUGGCCUCUCCCCCACCACCUGGUAUAGGGCAAAUCUGUACGGGUUGUACAGAGGGGCCGUCUUAGAUCCUGUCUUUGCUGAAACCAUCACAGAGGCCGAACCAGAGGUGCAGGCUCUCCUAGUCUCUGAUGUCACCCCUGAGAGCUUUAGGCUGGCUUGGACAGCUGAAGAGGAUUCCUUGGACACCUUUGUCAUUAUGGUCAGCCAGUCCGAGGGCCCAGGUCAACCAAGAGAGCUGGUGCUGGGUGGCGAGGAGCGAAGCACGGUCAUUACAGAUCUCACAGAAGACAUCGAGUACAAAAUCGAAAUCUUUGGGCUCAUUUUGGGAAAACGCACCAAGUCUGUACUCGAGGGGGUGAGAACAGACCUGGGCUCACCCAAGGGCAUCCGCUUCUCUGAUGUCACCGACACAUCAGCCACCGUUCACUGGGUGGUUCCAAGAGCUCGGGUGGACAGCUACAGGGUCACUUAUGUGCCUGCUCAUGGAGGUAAUGCAAAGACACUGACAGUGGACGGCUCUGACUCUCAGACUGUGUUGCCCAACCUGACCCCUGGGGUCACCUAUAAGGUCACUGUUGUUGCUGUCAAGGGUCAAAGGGAGAGUGAGCCUGGAGCAGACAGCGUCACCACAGCUCUGGAUAAGCCCCGUGGUCUGACUGCAGUCAACAUCACAGACACUGAAGCUCUUCUGCUCUGGCAACCUGCCAUCGCUACUGUAGACGGCUAUGUCAUCACAUAUAGUGCAGACUCAGUUGCUCCAGUAAUGGAGCGUGUGUCAGGAAACGUUGUGGAGUUUCAGAUGAGCUCUCUGACACCGGCGACACACUACACAGUAAAGGUCUAUGCUGUGAGGGACUUGGCCAAGAGUGCAGCCACUACAACUGAGUUUACCACGGAUGUGGACGCCCCUCAUGACUUGGCAGCCACUAACAUCCAAACAGAGAGCGGCAUGCUGACCUGGAAGCCGCCUCGUGCAGACAUCACCGGAUACAUUCUCAGCUUCGAGUCUGCGGACGGCACCGUCCGGGAGGUGGUCCUGAGUCCCACUGCUGUCUCCUAUAACAUGGCUCAGCUCAGCGCCUCCACAGAGUAUUCAGUCAAGCUGCAGGCUAUUGCUGGUCCUAAGAGAAGCCGAGUCAUCACUACUGUCUUCACCACCACUGGCGUGCUGUACAGAUACCCCAGGGACUGCUCCCAGGCCCUACUGAAUGGCGACACCAUAUCAGGCCUGUACACCAUCUAUCUGGGUGGAGAUGAGAGCCAACCCAUCCAGGUUUACUGCGACAUGAGCACUGAUGGAGGUGGAUGGAUCAUUUUUCUCAGACGCCAGAGUGGUAAACUGGAGUUUUUCCGCAACUGGAAGAAUUACACAGCUGGCUUCGGUGACAUGAAUGAUGAAUUCUGGCUGGGUCUUUCCAACCUGCAUAAGAUCACAGCUGGAGGUCAGUACGAGCUCCGAGUCGACCUGAGAGAUAAGGACGAAACGGCCUACGCUCAGUACGACAAGUUCUCUGUCUCUGAACCUCGGACCCGCUACAAAGUCCAUGUAGGAGGAUACAGUGGAACGGCAGGUGACUCUAUGACCUACCACCAUGGUCGCCCAUUCUCCACUUAUGACCACGACAAUGAUAUUGCUGUCACCAACUGCGCCCUGUCCUAUAAGGGAGCAUUCUGGUAUAAAAACUGCCACCGUGUCAACCUCAUGGGACGAUAUGGAGAUAACAGUCACAGCAAGGGUGUAAACUGGUUCCACUGGAAAGGCCACGAGCAUUCAAUCGAGUUUGCUGAGAUGAAGAUCAGGCCAUCCAACUUUAGAAACCUGGAGGGGAGGAGGAAACGAUCAUAAAUGAUCUAACACCAACAAAAACCACCACCACCAACAACAACAACAACGCUGCGACUACUCUGUCUGGAUUCCCCAUAAAACCACCUCAACUCCCACACCCACACUCCCUGCAGCAACCAAAGCCACUGCCAAGAGCCCUGCUGCCUCCGCGCAAAACCAACACACCUUCCCUCCUCUCAUUCGCUCACAGAUCAACCCCGACUCCAUAACCCCAUUCCCCUGUGAUACGGUUGUGGAAAUGCUGCCAGUGUGGAAAUCGAUGUGCAUGUUACAAACUGGACUUAAAUCAAGCCCACAUAGAUUCUACUCACGCACCAAAGAGAGCAAAAACAACUCCAUCUCACCUGAUUCUUAUCCUUUCUCUUGUGUUGCAGCAUUUGUGGGGAGGCGAGUAUGCAGCUUGGGCAUUAUGUUGUGUACAGUAAUUAAUACAAUUCCCUAUUUCACACCCAAGCCGCAUUUAGGAAUUUACAGAAAGGACAGGCUGUUUAUAGUAUAAUGUGGUCUUGUUUAGGUUCAAGGCCUCUUUGCUAAAACUGAUAAUACAGUGAUAAUUCAACUGCAUUAUCCUAGAAAAUUGUACAGAACUGCACAUGUAUACAUCUGAUUUAAACAUUUGAAAAGGGAUAUUCCUCAGAUGGCACUGCUCAGAUGUCAGAUAUCUCCAUCUAACUUGCCAUUUGUUUGUCUUUGUGCAACUUAACAUGUCUCAGUGUCACUUUAUCCUCCCCCAGGCUCCCUCAUCUCCCGCAACAUAAACCGACAUCUGAUGUGAUAGAAAUGGAAAUAAAAAAAAAAAAUUAAAAAAUUUCCCAUGUCCAUGUGGGUGGCAAUGUUUGCAUUCAUUAUGUGAGUCCCUGAAAGCAUCAUGCUCCAGCCACAGUAUUGUGUUUUUAAAAGCUAAUGAACAGAGAAAAGAAAAGCUGAUGUGUUUUGUUUUGUUCUCUCAUGAAUCCGAGACAGGACCUGUUAUCCAGUAUAUAAUGAAAUGCGGAUGAAAUGCGGUGAUAAGAGUUUUU